AUGGCCGAGACCGAGCAGCGUCAGCUCGCGUAUUGGCUGGAGCAGCUCGAGGGAAGCCAGCCCGCCGAGCUGCUCUGCGACAAGCCCCGGUCGGCCAUCUCCUCUGGGAAGGCGCAGGUCCACCACUUCGCCCUCGAUGACCAGCUUUACCAGGAGCUCCAGGCCUUCUGCCAGACACACCAGGCCACUCCCUUUGUGGUGCUCCUCGCCGCUUUGAGGGCGACGCACUACCGCCUCACCGGUGUCGACGAUGCCACCAUUGGCACACCCAUCCCCAGCAACACCAACCUCCUAUGCGUUCGCACCACCGUCGAGCCAGAGGACUCGUUCCAUGCUCUCGUCCAGCGCGUCCAGCAAACCAACAGCGCGGCCUCUAGCAACCAGGAUGUCGCCUUCCAGAAGAUCGUCUCGGAGCUGCGUCCCGGCGCCGCUGACCGGCCCCGUAACCCGCUCGUUCAGACGAUAUUUGCAGUUCACUCGUCAGAAGAUGCCAAUAGCCCACGGCUCGACGGUAUAACGGUAGCCACGUCCAAAUUUAACAUUGAAUUCCAUCUCAUCCAGGAGGCUCAGCGCAUGAGCGGUCACAUCAUCUUCUCGGAUGAUCUGUUUGAAGCUUCGUCCAUCUUCUUCGUCGAGUCCGUCUUCACUGAGGUCCUCGGCCGUGGCCUCAAGACACCCGAGGCCCUCGUCUCGAAAUGCCUCUCACCCAGGGUCUCUCAGCACUGGCCGAUAUGGGCCUCACAGAUGUUGCGCGCACCGAUUACCCGCGCGACUCCAGCGUCGUCGAGCUCUUCCGGAGACAGGUCUCUCUCAGCCCCAACGCCGUUGCCGUCAAGAACGCAUACUCCCAUCGGCGUACCCAUCAGCAACUCGGGCGCCUGCAUCAUGGACCCGGAGCAGCGCCUCGUGCCUCCUGGCGUCAUGGGUGAGCUCAUCGUCACUGGCGACGGUCUCGCCCGUGGAUACACCAACGCGGGGCUCAACAAGAACCGCUUCGUGCAUGUGGCCAUCAACGGCGAGUCUGUCCGCGCCUACCGCACCGGUGACCGAGUGCGCCACCGCCCUUCGGACGGCAUGAUCGAGUUCUUUGGCCGUGUGGACUUCCAGGUCAAGAUCCGUGGUCACCGCAUUGAGCUGCCCGAGAUCGAGCAUGCUCUUCUGCGCAGCGAGUCUGUCAGCGAUGCCGUGACUCUGGUGCACCAACCUGAGGGCGAGCCGGCGGCGCUUGUUAGCUUUGUCACUGUUCAAGGUGAUAUCGCGGAUGCCGCUGCUCAGCAGGACUCUCAGGACCAGAAGGACACCGGCGACGACGGCCGACUCGAGAACCAGGUCGAGACUUGGAGGGAUCUGUUCGAGAAUGGCACCUAUACCGACAUCAACACAAUCGACACCACCAAGGUCGGCAGAGACUUUAUGGGUUGGACGUCCAUGUACGACGGCGAGCUCAUCGACACCGCCGAGAUGAACGAGCGGCUGGAUGACACCAUACACCACAUGAACCGCAAUGGCGGACAGCCACGCAAUGUCCUAGAGGUCGGAACCGGUACGGGUAUGAUCUUGUUCAAUCUCAUCGACAACCUUAACAGCUAUGUCGGGCUUGAUCCGUCUGCGUCUGCCGCUGCUUUCGUCAACAAGAUGGCCCAAGCAAGGCCUGCCCUGGCUGACAAGGUCAACGUGCGCGUAGGCACCGCCAUCGACGUCGACUCCCUGGGCGAGCUUAAUCACCCUGACAUGGUGGUGAUUAACUCGGUAGCACAGUACUUCCCCACGCAAGAGUACAUCUCCUCCGUAGUAGACAAGUUGCUAGCCAUUGACGGCCUGGAGCGCAUCUACUUUGGCGAUAUGCGCUCCUGGGCCAUCUACCGCGACUUCUGCACUACCAGGGCCCUGCACCAACUAGGCUCCUCUGCCACCAAGGAAGCAGUGCGACACGAGCUGGCCGAGAAGGCUGAGGAGGAGGAGGAGGAGUUCCUCGCCGACCCGGCCUUUUUCACCAGCUUGAUGAACCGCCUGCCAGAGAUUGUCGAGCACGUCGAGAUUCUUCCCAAGCGCAUGAAGGCCGCCAACGAGCUGAGCUGCUACCGUUUCGCGGCCGUCAUCCACAAGCGCCAGGCCGGUCAGCCCGAGACUAUCCAGGAGAUCAGCGAGGGCGCCUGGGUCGAUUUCAAGGCCAAGCAGCUGGAUCGUGCUGGCUUGUUAGGCCUCCUGCAGGCGUCCUCGGCCGCUUCCACAGUUGCCGUGAGCAACGUGCCCUACAGCAAGACCAUUCUCGAGCGCCACAUCGUCGACUCGCUUGACGACGAGACCGAGGAGGGAGCCGACUGGUUCUUGUCACAGCGUGAGGCUGCCGAGCGCUGCCCAGACCUGUCAGCUUUGGACCUGGCUGAGCUGGCUGAACAGGCUGGCUUCAAAGUCGAGCUGAGCUGGGCGCGCCAGCCUUCCCUUCGCGGCGGCAUGGACGCCGUCUUCCACCGCGUCGAGGGUCUGCGCCCCUUGUUCCGCUUCCCGACUGAGCACGAGUGCCGGUCCAACGAGUCUCUGACGAACAGUCCCCAGCGCCGUCAAGAGGCCCAGGUGGUCGAGGCUCUGCUCAAGACAGCGCUGCAAGCCUCGCUGCCCAAGUACAUGAUCCCUGCACGCAUCGCCGUGCUGGACAAGAUGCCCAUCAAUGCCAACGGCAAGGUGGACCUCAAGCAGCUGGCCAGACUAGCGAGCGUGUUCGCCAAGGCGACCAAGGGCUCUCGCCAGAUCGUGGAGCCGCGCACAGACCUGGAGCGUUCCGUGUGCGAGGAGCUCUCCAGUGUGCUCAACAUCGAUGCCGUCGGCAUCACCGACAACUUCUUCGACCUUGGCGGCCACUCGCUCAUGGCCCCGCGUGUUGCCGCGCGCAUCAACCAGCGCCUGAAUGCAACUAUCCUCCUGCGUGACGUGUUCGCCCACCCUGUGGUUACUGACCUGGCCAAGAAGGUUGGCGAGUCGCUGGGCGAUUCGCGCCAGGACAAGGAGGAGCUGCUGACCAUGUCGCUGGCUACCAAGCUGCGACACUUCAACUUUGUUGCCCGUCCGCAGUGCGUCAAGUCGCUAGGCAUCGCCAGUGAGGACAUCGAGGAGGUUCUGCCCGCCACCGGUGUCCAGACCCGCAUGCUCGUCUUCGUCGAGGCCGAGGAGAUGAACAUCACCAAGCCCCCUGCAUCGAGCACUUUGUUUACCACGUGCCCGACGAGCUCGACCCCGCCCGCCUUAAGCAGGCCAUCUUCGACGUCACCAAGCGCCACGACGCCUUCCGCACCGUCUGGGUGCAGGUUGAGCACCCCCUGA